AUGGCAGACCAGCCGCCGCAGCUUGAUUCCGAGCUGGAGUCGUUCCGGCAACAAUGGCGCUCAGAACUCAAGACGAAGAAGGUAGUCCCAGAAUCUCGGACCUCCCAGCCCAAAAAGAAAACCCCGUCAUUUUCCAAGCCUUCCGUCCCGGCAGAAAGCUCAAGGACUGCGGUUCAGAAGAGAUCCCAAGUAGAAGAGGACGAGGAGUAUGCCCGCUCUAUGGUAUUUGAGGAACCGGCGCCGUCGCCCUCAGGAUCCAAUCCAGACGAGCCCGCACCCCAGGAGGCCAAGGAGUUGGUCUCGGCCCUAGACCACUUUGAAGAAGCCGUAGAAAAGGAGGCGAUCGGAAGCUUGGGCGACAGUUUAAAGCUGUACCGCAAGGCUUUCAGGAUGGACAACCGAGUGGACUUGGCAUACAGGAAGAAGCACUUUCCUGCGGCCGCCACAAAACCGUCCCAACCAUCGCCAUCAGGCGCCCAAGCUGCCGCACCAGGUAUGGCGGGCAAGCCGCCAGAGACGCAGCAACAGACCAUGAGCGAGCUGAUUGCCAGCUUCUCUGGGCUCUCUGUAGCAGCAGCACCUCCGCCGGUGGAAGGAGACCCGGCCCCGCCCUGCCCCAUCGCAGAAAUGCCCCAGGAGAUUCUGGUCCACAUCUUCAAAGACGUGGCCGUCCUCGAUGUCGGAGACUUUGUGCGUCUUUCGUUGGUUUGCAAGCGUUUUGCCUACAUCGUCGCCACCGAGCAGCAGAUUUGGCGGCGCAUCUGUCUGGGCCCCGAAUUCGGCUUCGCCGGAAUGCAUCACCACUGGCAGAGGGGUGUCUCCUGGGAGCCCCUUGAGCAGGAGGAGGACACGGGAGACCUGGAAUACGUCACCAUGGAGGAGCUGGCGCAACGCCGCAGGGAAGAGAGCGAGGCCACCACCUUUGCGCUGCUGCCUGAGGUCUACUCGUCGUCGUGGCAGAGCAUGUUCAGACACCGGCCGCGGAUCCGGUUCAACGGCUGCUACAUCAGCACCGUCAACUACAUCCGCCCCGGCCAGGCGAACGCGAACCAAAUCACCUGGAACAGUCCCGUGCACAUCGUCACGUACUACCGGUACCUCCGCUUUUUCCGCGACGGCACCGCCAUCAGCCUCCUCACUACCGACGAGCCCGCCAGCGUUGUGCACUACAUGACCCGGGAGCUGCUCGAGCAGCACCGCGGCGGCGGCGGCGCCCAUCUGCCGUCCCUCGUCAUGCAGCACGGCCUUCGCGGGCGGUGGCGGCUGUCUUCUGCGCUGGACCACCCGGAUGCGCCCCUGGGCGAGACCGAGGACGAUCUGUUUGUGGAGACGGAGGGUGUCGGGGCAAAGUACACUUACCGGAUGUAUCUAGAGGUGCGCAGCGCGGGCAAGGGGAAAGGCGCGCGGAACACCAAGCUCAUGUGGAAGGGUUUCUAUAGCUACAACAAGCUGACUGACGACCUCGGCGAGUUCGCGCUGAAGAACGGCAAGCCCUUCUUCUUCAGUAGGGUCAAGAGUUACGGCGUUGGAGAGUGA